AUGAGAGUUGGAUUCUGGAGAAACCAUCUGCUGCUGCUAGCUGUCCUGGUCUUGGUGGCCAAAUUGGGUCACUUUCAUAGGUGGGGAGGCUUCCAGGAGAAGUCAACGAGCAAGAAAAACAUGAAUUCAACACUCGAAUUCUUCAUUGAAAACUACAAUAACGUGAGCAAUGACACCUACUUAUUUCGAGUAGACAAGCUACUUCAAAGUCAUAUGCAGCUCACGUCGGGAGUGGAGUAUCUGGUUACUGUGAAGAUUAGUCGGACCAAGUGCAAAAGGAACAGCACAAAAAGUCACUCGUGCCCCAUUCAAGGCAAGAAGAAUUUAAAAAAGAGUUUCAUUUGCAAUUUUUUGAUGUACACUGUGCCCUGGAUGAACUAUUACCAGCUUUGGAACAACUCCUGUCUGGAGGCCUAAAUGAGUUUGUGCAAAGAUUCUUGAUGAAAACUUAGAUGUUCGCACUGUGCACUUUCUGUUACAGACUUCUGGACAGACCUCAUUGCCCUCAGCAGGGUCUUGUUACAUACCCACUUGCACUCACAUACACUCGCAUUUACACUCUCACACACACAUUCACAGUAAACACAUCCACUCACACACACACACACGAACUAACUCACACUCUUGCACCUUACAUAGUUCAGUCACACAUACACACAGCACACAUACAUCCACACUCACAUAAAUGCAAAUAUGCAUUCACACACAUAUUCUCACACUCACUUAUGUACAUAUUCAGUGGUCUUUAGGGCACUGGUGCGACUUGAGCAGAAGGUUGUUAACACUUUACAGGAAUCUCAGCCCAUAUAUCUGAGGCAUUUCAUUAUUUAGGCACAUCCUGACUUCUGGCCCAAGCUUGCAGGAGCUCUGUUUCUUCCCUAUGCACAUAUAACUCUGUGACUGACACAUGUCUUGUGUGUGUGUUAGAGAUCCCCAAGACCAAACCCUAGGAUCAAUUGAUUCACUAGAAGGACUCCCAGAACUCAGCAUAGAGUCACAUUCACAGCUAUGAUUCCUUACAGUGCAAGGACACAGAGCAAAAUCAGCAAAGGGAAAAGGCAAAUGAGAAAAAGUCCCAGCAAACCAGGCACAAGCUUCCAGAAUCCUCUCCCAGAGUAGUUACGCAGGACUUGCUUAUGGCCACACAUGCGAAAUAUUGUCUACUAGGGAAGCUCUUUAGAAACUCAGUGCCAUGGGCUUUCACUGGAACUGGUCACAUAGAAAGCCUUUACCUAACAUGCAUCCAAAUUUCAGAC